GGGUAGCGACUCGAGAUGGCCCACUUGCAAGUUUACUUGAUGACAAACUCCAGGAGUUGCAAGUUCAACGACAGCCGUACCAUGGGCAGUGUUUUGUGGGCAACCACGUCAACACCAUGCUUAAAGACCAUGCCAUACAGAAGCUGACAUCUGCAGCAAAGAUUGUAGCUGAGGAGCUAGUGGAGGAGCAUGACUUUCCUCUGGCAGUGUAUACAAGAGCGGCAACAGUGGAGAGGAGGUUUAAGAACCUCUUCCAACUGUUUGCUGACUGCCAUGUGAAGUACGGUCACGCCGGGCCCAUGUCCCAGGAGGACAUUACAAGUUUGGAUGCCUGUAUACAGACCUUCAUGGCCUACUUCAGGCAUACCUUCCCGUCUGCGACUAUUCCCCUCAAAAUGCACCUUCUGGAGGACCACGUUGUGGGUUGGAUUCAACGCUGGGGGUUCGGGAUCGGUUUUCACGGAGAACAGGGGAUCGAAAGUUGCCACGCCAUAUUCAAUGGGUUGGAGAGGUCCCAUAGUGGGAUAAAGGAUCCGGAGAGGAGGUUGAGGGCAACACUGGAGAAGCACCUCCUUUCUGUGACUCCUGGGAGGGUGGGAGGUGUGCCAGAGCCCAAACCAAGAAAUGUUGCUGAAUAACUCAAAAUGAGUUAAUCUAUAUGGAACACACUACUUGUAUAUACAUAUGAGAACUAAAUAGUUACAUGCAGUAAGUGCAGCUGUUAUUUUUUUUUGUUUGCCCUGGGUAAGAACAAUAAGGAAGUGCUCCCAUAGUGACCUUCCCAGCAGUUUAAAUUGUGAAUUGACCCUUAAACUCAUAAAAAUUCUAGACAGUCUAACCUCCAGAACAUUAAAGGAAGGAUCUAGGAGCAGAUUUGCAUACUGGUCAGUUUUCAAAGAUUCAAUUUUUUUUAUUAUCUACUGUUUUUCAGUGUAAAAUUUUCAAAAGGGAGAAUGACUCAGAUACUUCUUACAAAGCCACAUAGGCAUGAAAAUAGCAACUUUCAGGUUGCAAUAUCAACCUUGAUCAAAUUCCAACUUUCAAUUCAAAUCAGCCCUGUCAAAGUUUUAUCCAAGGAUAUAUAUGGUGCCCUAUCUACUUGCAACCUGAAAUGUCUUUUUGACAACUGAAUAAGCUUUGGCAGUUUUGGGUCUGACAUAUGGCUUGUAAAUGUGAUGCCUACUACUUACAGUCAGAUAAACCAGUGUAAACUUAGGCUCUGUAUGUAGAACUGGGCAUGUAACUGCCAACCAAGGUCUCAAGCUAGUCAGAGCUGCCAUUACUAUUAUACUUCAUAUUCUGGGUUACUAAUACUAGUGAAUAUGACUUCUUAUAUAUAUAUAUAUGUGUGUUUCAUUUCUAAAGUGUCUUGAAGAGAAUGUUUACUUGGUAAGCUAAACUGUCUUGGACAGGCCUCCCCCAUGUACACUGCACGGCUGCCAGAACAAGACUGUAGUCUUGUAGUUAUGUUAUCGAAUUUAUAUGGAAAGGGUGGGGUCAUU